UCAACCUCCACCCCAGUGAUGGAGCCACUUGUGGGUGUAAAAAUUGGCUGCCUGCUAGCCUUGCUGGCUCUCACUCUGUUCUGUGGCAUUAUUCCUAUCUGCUUCAAAUGGUUCCGGAUCCAUGCAGCCACAGGGAAGCACCGCCGGGUCCUCAGCCUCCUAGGUUGUGUAUCAGCAGGAGUGUUUUUGGGAGCAGGGCUCAUGCACAUGACAGCUGAGGCCCUGGAGGGCAUUGAUUCAGAGAUCCAGAACUACAUCCUACAGAACAGGACAGGGAAGGAGGCAAAUUCUUCUGACAUCACUGAUUCAACUGAUGUGGAUUACCCGUUUGGGGAGCUCAUCAUCUCCCUAGGCUUCUUCUUGGUCUUCCUUUUGGAGUCACUGGCACUGCAGUGGUGCCCUAGUGGUACCAGGGGGUCAAAAACACAUGAGGAGGAAUGGGGUGGGGCCCAUGAUGCCCAUUCCUUGAGUCUCCACAGUCAUGGACACCUGCCAUCACCCUCUCAGGGGUCCUUUAGGGCUCUGGUUCUCUUGCUUUCACUCUCCUUUCACUCGGUGUUUGAGGGGCUGGCUGUGGGGCUUCAGUCUUCAGUACCAGCUGUGCUGCAGCUUUGCCUGGCUGUCCUGGCACACAAGGGAUUAGUGGUAUUUGGAGUGGGACUUCGACUGGUGCAGACAGGCACGGGGCCACGAUGGGCUCUGAUCUCUAUCCUGGCAUUGGCCCUCAUGUCCCCCCUUGGCCUAGCUGUAGGGAUGGCUGUGGUUGGGGGAGAUCCUGAGGGGGGAAGGGCCUUAGCCCAGGCUGUAUUAGAAGGUGUGGCAGCUGGCACUUUCCUCUAUGUAACCUUCUUAGAAAUUCUUCCCCGGGAACUGGCUGCCCCUGAAUCCCCUCUAGCCAAAUGGGCUUGUGUGGCAGCUGGUUUUACCUUCAUGGCCAUAAUUGCCAUCUGGGCAUGAAUUAUCCCCUACUCUAAGAGAUCAUCCUUAUCCAGGUAACUAGCCCAAGUGAAUAUCCCCCUUUCUGAACUGGCCCUAAUCCUGGGACAUUUUUAUUGAGCCUAAGUGGCAUGCAUCCAGCACCAUCCUCAUAACUGGAUUCUAAACUUCCUUUGCAGGGUCUUUGCUUGGGUCCCCCAGCUCUUGAAAUAAGAGCUUGGGGUGGGGUGGGGGUUAGAGAGUGGGGAGCAACAGAGAAAGGGAGGACAGGAGAAUGAAGAUGAACCUUUCUGCCUAUUGCCCUAGACUCAGAUACCAGCACUGCCUGUGGUACGAUGUGUAAAUAAAUGUCAGUGGUCCUUCCA